UUACAUACAUAAGAAGUGAGAACUGAGAAGCCGCUGUCUCUGUUCUUCAUUUUCCCUCUCCUCCCUUUUCGCCCAGAAUGGCGAAAGGGAAAGGAAGUGACGAUGGUUCAGGACAGUAUGAUUCUGGUUCUUACAGAGUGUUCAUGGACAGCAAUUUUGAUACACAUCUGCUCAUGAUCGUAUCUGCUCAGGACACAGUCCGCGACCUUAAAGAAAAAAUAAUGAUUGAACAUCCUCGUUGCUUUCCUAACAUUGGCAAGAUUAGUGUCAAUGCUUUAAAGGUAAAGUGCGAAGGUUGCUUUUAUCACCUAUCAGAUUCUAUGCUUGUUAAAAGUGUUUUCGAUGGGUUUAUGAAGACAUGGAUUUUGCAAUUUGACGCUUCUUGUCAAGGGGAACACAAGGAAAAUCCAUGUCAUUUGGAGCCUGGGGCUAGUGACCUACCAAUCCAUGUGGUCAGCAUGGAUGGCCCUUUGCCUGAAACAAAUACUCAUCUACUUGAUUAUCCUUCCAAAGAGGUGUCCAUUUUAGCCGUUCCUUCAGUUCCUCAAAUUGGAAGCAUCCAGCCGAGGGAUAUAUUUCCCCAAAACUCAUCAGCUGACAAACGGAAACUUAAAAUUGCUGAUUCAGAGGGUUUAUCUACUAGACUUCUCGAAGAUGAUCUUUUGAUUUCUCAAAAAUCUUCAGAUAAACAAAAACCUAAAAAUGCUGAUUCAGAGGGGUUAAACGAAGAUGGCCCUUUGCUUAAUUAUGGUGGUAAGUCAAAGAAAAAGGAAAAGAAAAAGAAACCAUCAAUUCCAUAUGAUCAAGUAGACUAUGCAAUCCUUUCUGGAAAAAAUAUAAGGGAAGAAGAGACUUCUAUGGUAGCUUUGGGAAACAACCAUGGAAAUUUGGAGGGAGAGAUUGGUGCAGCAUUGGCUACUGAACAGACUAAUGCUGCUGAUUCUUUUGUUGGCCUGGACAUAUCUGAACCUGGUACUAGCAAGUUGGAGAGAGGGAAUACCUCGGACCACAUAGAGGCAUCCAGGGUCAGAAAAUCAAAAGGGUCAAAGAAACAUCAGCCUGGCAGUGCUGAAGAUCUUAAUCUGUCUGUGGUAGCUGAGCCUGGUAACCUCACAAAGGAUAGCACAACUUUAUUGUAUAAAAAUGUUUGCUCUGACAACAAUGCUCGUGAUGAUGCAAGUGGAGAUACUUUUGAGGUUGCUUUGGAAGUCAACCAUGAAAAUUUGGGGGGAGAAACUGAUGCUGCAUUGGCUUUUGGGAAAAUUGAUGCUGCUGGUCCUUUUGUUGAUGAUGAUAUGCUUAAACUUGGUACAAGAAAUGUGGUGAGAAGGGAUACCUCUGACCACAUAGAGGCAUCCAGAGGAAGAAAAUCAAAAGGGACAAAAAAACAUCAUGCUGCCAGUGUGAAAGGAGUUGAUCUACCCGUGAUUGUUGAGCCUGGUAUGCUCUUAAAGGAUGGCAAAACCUUGGUGUAUGAGAAUGUUAGUUGUGACAACAGUGUUGGCAAAAAUGUAAGGGAAGAGACUUCUGAGGUAGCUGUGCGAAGCAAACAUGGAAAUUCGGGGGGAGAAUUUGAUGCAGCAUUGUCUCCUGAAAAAACUGACGCGGCUGAUCCUUUUGUUGGUAUUGAUAUGUCUAAACGUGGUACUAGCAAGGCGAAGAGAAGGAAUACCUCUGACCUCUUAGAUGCAUCUGGAGGAAGAAAAUUGAAAAGGUCAAAGAAACAUAAGGAUGCCAGUGUGGAAGGACUUAAGAUGCCUGUGGUUGUUGAACCUGGUAACCUCACAAAGGAGAGCACAACUUUGGUGCACAAGAAUAUUCGCUGUGACAACAGUGAUGGUGAUGACGGGACUGGUAAAACUGAGGAGAAAAAGACACACUUACAGAAUGAAGAUCCUGAACCAACGUUGUCAGCAGCACCAAAUUCUAAGCUCAAGUCUAUGGGUUUAGAUAAAAAGGAGAUGAACUCUAAAGGUGGGUUUAUCUCCUCCAAUUUAUUGCAGUCCUCGGACGUCUCAGGAACUGGGGAUUCUGUUGAUAAAAAAAGAAAGAAGCCAAAGAAAUAUAAGGAUUCUGAUCAAAAGGUCCAAACUUCAUCCUCAGGCAUAGAAUAUACUAAUGGUGUUGGAGGUGCCAUUCCUUUAAAACCUGAGGUCAACAAAGCUUCUUUUAGUGAUCAUCUUGGUGAUGAAACAAAUGGAGAGCAUGACACUCUAUUUCGAAAUGAAAAAGCAACGGUAUCAAAAGUUAAAACUGUAAAUGCUCCAGUAACAGGCCUUGACAAGGAUGCUGAUAAUGCAUGUGGGAAUCAGGUGGACCUCGUGCCUCAAAUUCAAGUCGCCAAAGUCCAAGAGCCUGUAGAAGGUAAUGAAUAUAAAGUGAAAAAGAAGUCAAAAAAGACUGAAACUUCUGCCAGGAAUCUCCCAGAUCCGACGGAAAAAAUCCAAGAUGCUGUCACUGUAGAUUCUGCACUUCCAUUUGAUAAAAAGAAAGGAAAAAAUGUCCAAACUAAAAACACAAAGAAAACUAGGUUGGGGAAAAAAGAUCCUACGGAACAAUUAAUGGAUUCAAUGUCAGAAGCUGAGAAAGAUAUUGGGAGUAGGAUAAUAUGUUCCAAGCCAUGUCCAGUCCCUGAGACCAAUGAACCUUCUGAAGUUCCAUCUGAUAUUUUUGCACACAACACAGAAAGACUACCUCAUGAAGCUGAUAAUAGAGAAGAAAAACAUUCAAGUAUCCGUAUCGGCAAAGGUAGUGACAUCAUGGAAGUUCCCAAGUUUGAAAGUGCUAGGAUCAGCUACAUUGAUAACUUUGGGCCCAGUCAGAGGCAACAUGAAGUUGCUCCUGGUAAAGAGCUUGAUAUCAAGGAUAUUCCAAUUGAGAGGUCAGAUAAAGAGCUUCCAUCAAAUAAAAAAACGAAAAAACAUAAUGUGAAUUCUUUAGGUAACUCUCCUUAUUUACAGAAGUCCCUCAGCUCAAAUGACAACCAGGGGUUCACAGAGAAGCCUCAGGGUGAUCCCUUUGAUGUGGUAAAAGUUCAGGCACCAAUGUUAAAGACUAAAAAGGUUGAAGCCAGGGUUGAUAGUCACAAUAGAAAGACUUCAACAACUGCUGGGGAUAAGGAGAAAGGUCUACCUUCUUGUUUCUGUGAAAAAGGUGAUUCCAUUGCUCAUGAAGCUUCGAGGAUCAAAGUUGUUGAUGCUUCUGGGAUCAGUAGUCCUGUACAUUCAUCUGUGGUUGGAGUUCCCUUCAGAGCUGGUGAUAAUGCUUAUGUGAAAGAAAAUAGUGCAGAUUGGGAUGCAUCAGGGUUUAGCUCGGAAAGCACUGAUGUAGGAGUUCACAAAGGCAUACAAGGCAGAGAGCUCAAGUCACGGGUGAAGUCCAAUCCUGUGGUGGCAGUAAAAGCUUCAAGUAAGAAAAUUGGGGAAGCGCUUAACAAUUCUAGUCACCAGAAAAGCUUGUAUGCUACCUCAGGCACAAUAUUUAAUGACAGCAGUAGUGACAGUUCUGAAGAUGAAAGUGCAAUAAACAAUUCAGAUACCAGCACCAAAAGCCCUUCGGGAUAUUCUUCCUCAUCUUCAUCUGACUACUUGGAAGGAGCAAACCACACACCACGAAAUGCUUUGUACGGUGGGAAAAGUAAGGAAAAUGGAGAAGGCAACCUCAUUUACUCACAAUCUUGUGGCCCCGCCGAGUACAUUACCUUGGAUAUGAUCCUUAAAUGUUCAAGAAGCUACAAGAAGGCAAAGCUAACAGCUUCUCAAUCCCAACUCGAGGAAAGCCAACCUAUUGAUUUUGUUCUGGACAGUCUGGCCGAUCCAUAACCCCAUCUUGAUGGCUGUUUUGGAAGAAUACUGUUGCAGUUUCUUUAUGCUCAAUGCGCAAUAGUUUCUAGCCAUAUAUCAGAAGGCUUUGCUGUCAAGUUUAUCUCAUCUCUUUUACAUAGGAAAAUUUUGAUUUUUUUUACAGUUUCUGAUGAUUUCUGUUUCUUUGCUGAGGAAAGGACUUGUUCAACAAGAUGGCUUAAGCAGCAUCUUACCGUUCAGAAUAUGAAAAAAAAAUUUAGCCUUGUGCCCUUUUUGUCAAAAGGUCCAAACCUGAAACAAUGUUUUGAAUUGAAAGCCCUCCAUCAUGAUUUCUGGUUAUUGAUUGGUAAGGCUAAAUUGUAAUGUCAAUAGUCUCUCUCAGACCAAAUUGGCAAAAGCUGAUAUUAGUAUUUUCAGUCAAUGUUUGCGAUAAUCUGCUAUUU